AUGCAGGGAACUUCUCCCAAUAAUUUAUCAGUCACAUAGAGAGCCUAGGCAAUCAAGAUUGUUCAGGUUUAGCCUAAGCAAAACUCUGAUUCAUCAUCGUCAAUUAAGUUCACUCAAACUGCUCUUGGAGAUAUUUACACUGCAGAGACCAUAAACGAUGUGGAUGUUGAGGAGGAGAGGGGUUUCUCUUCACGAUUGGGGUCUAUAAACAAGCUUGAUAAUGCAGCCAGCAAUUACAAAAAUUUUUUCCAAAAUUGCGAGGACGAAAAAGAAAGGGUACUAGAUAAGGAGACUGAUGAUUAUUAAAAUGAGGAAAAUGAAGUUAGAUAGCUAUAGCAAUAUAAUGAUUAGCUCACUGUAGCCUGCUACAAUUAGCAGCAAUAAAUUUCAUCUCUCAAGGCAUCCUCAAUGUUUUCAGAUAUCAAAUACAAGAGCUAGGACAAAAGGCUUACAGUAAAUGUGAGAUCUAUAUAAGCUAGAAAAGAAUAUGAUAGUAAGAAUAGUCAGAUUUUUAGCAAAUUAACUCCUUUAACGGUGAACUCUGAGAAAUACCAAUCCGAAAGAUAAUCAUUUACAAGACCUCCAACUAAUUUAAGAAGAAAUAUUUUUGAUCAGAGUCAACAUUCUCAAUUGCUUAGAACAUAGAGUUCUCAUGAUGAAUAAGUUUUCUAAAAAGUAUAGCUUCCUGAGGGAUUCAAAGUAAACUCAUAAGAAGAUGAUUUCUCUUAUGGGACUCCAAUUGUAACUUAUGUUAAUAAUACAAUAGCAAAUACUCCAGUAAAAAUAUAAGUUAACUAGAAUAUGCAGUCAUUUAAUGUUAAAUAGCAAAAUCAAAUAUCAGUUGAGAAAAAACUACAACCUUUUUCAAGCACUGUGGUGCGAGAGGAAUCCUAAAACAAAAGUUCUUUUUGCCGUAUAAGCCACCUUAAACAAAUAGCAGGGGAUGAAGAUUGUGAUAAUGUAUCAAUUCAUAGUAAAAGCUUAAGUAGAGAUAAAAAUCAAAGUAGCUUGAAUACAUAUUAAAAGGACAAAAAAGAGUAUGACAUUGAUGUAGAUAUGGAUCUUGAAGAUUUAAGGUCAACCCCAAUAAUCAUCUAAGAUGUAUUAUAAAUGUCUACUGCAACUAAGAACUAACUUAGUAUAUCACAAAAAAUUAAUAAACUUAACUAAUCUCACAGAGGUAAAUAGGAGUUUAACUUCUCUCGUAUUGAAAACAAGCAUCUCAUAGAAAACAAAAAAAUCAUUUAAUAAGUUAAGUACAAAACUGAUAAGAAUCUCUUAAUCAAUGCUUGGUUUAGCAUAGAUAAAAAAUUCAUCAAAAUUGCUAAAAAUAAGGCAAUAACAGAUUUGAUUUUAUCAGUAAAUUAUCAUAGAACUUGCGUAACAGUAAAAUAAAUAGGAUAGAGUACAAUCUAGAUUUGUGCCUAAGACUUUGAAAAUUUCGAAAUUGUUGUACUUAAUGGUGAUACCCUGCACAAAAUAUUGGAUAAUCUGAAAAUAUAUCUUUCAUAAGCUAAAUUUUCAAAAAAAAUUCAAAACAGAUACACAGAUUUCAAAUUGUCUAUUUAGAAACAGACAAGAGUAUCAUUGGAAUAAUUCAGGGAAAUAGCUGAUACUGGUGAUAUCAUAUUUUUCAAGGGAAAAACGAUGGGAUGUAAAGUUCAAAGAUUUUUUACUAGAUGCGAUUUCGACCAUGUUGCCCUAAUACUUAAGUACAAGUGUGGAACACUAGUGUUGUUUGAAUCAACAGGAACAGCUUGUAACAGAGGAAAAAAGUAUAGAUUGAAUGCAAUUGAUCUAUUGAAAUCAGAAUAGAAUGGGGAAGAGUAAGAAUAGGAGGGAUUCUUCUGCUCUGAAUUAGUUGCUGCUGCGUAUUAAUCUUUAGGCUUACUUCCCAAAUCUAAACUACCUUCAACAUUUUGGCCAUCAACUCUUGCAGAUGAAAAUUUAAAACUUGAGGAUGGUAUUACUUUAUCUAAGCUUAUAGCUAUCGACUAUUAAAAUAUACCUACCAAAUUAUGA